UGCACUCUCUGCUGAGCUCGCUUCCGGCCUCUCUAAAGCGUUCUGUUAACCCUGUGUUCCGGAGUGGAAACCUAAACGCGCGUGCGCUGCUUCUUCGCUUUGGAGCGCUUUUCUGUGCAGGCCCGGUGUGGUCUCCCACGUGACUGAACAAUGCAGAAGGACAGUGGCCCACUGGUGCCUUUACAUUAUUUUGGUUUUGGCUAUGCAGCCCUGGUUGCUACCGGCGGGAUUAUUGGCUAUGCAAAAGCAGGUAGUGUGCCAUCUCUGGCUGCCGGACUCUUCUUCGGGGGCCUGGCAGGCCUGGGUGCUUAUCAGCUGUCUCAGGAUCCCAGGAAUGUGUGGGUUUUCCUAGCCACAUCUGGGACGUUGGCGGGCAUUAUGGGGAUGAGAUUCUACAACUCUGGGAAAUUUAUGCCUGCAGGUUUAAUCGCAGGUGCCAGUUUGCUGAUGGUUGCCAAACUUGGGAUUAACAUGCUUAGCUCACCGAAUUCGUAGCGGCCAUGUCCCUGCGUGGGCCUUGAAGUUUGAAGGUCUCCAAACUCCCACAUUACAGUGUAUGAAGAGAUAAGCGCACAAUAUGUACAUAUUCUGACACGUUACAGAAACGGACACUGAGCACGCCCAGGUGAAGAGGAGCUGUUACCAUGCUAACUGUUGAGAGGCGGCAACUGUCUAACCUGAGCGCCAGCAGCUGACAUCAGCCCUGUGUUAUGAUGGCUCUGUCUGUACUAGCAGAUAAGGGGUGAAAUGUUGGGUGUCAACAGGAUCCCCCAGAGCUACACGUCCUGCCCUGAAGUGUGUGAAAUCUCUUGCUGACAUUUGUCAUGUGGGGUCGUUUGCAUCGGUCUGCUAUGAAAUUAUAUCACAGUGAAAAUAAAGUUUGCUAUUAAGAACA